CUACACUUAAUCCAUCAGAAAACAGUAUUCCACAAGACUUUCCUACAGCACAACACAACGCAAAAUAAUAAUAUAACAAAAUGACUACAAAUAUGGGUGGAUCUUGCAACACAAAUCCCAGAGAUCAAAGCAAUGAUGUUGUCCUAAAUGUUACCAGGACUAUGGGAGAUGAAAAAAAUAAUGCCGCAGUGGGUGCCUUUGUGGCGGCAAAUGAUCAUCGUGGACCCAAAAUGGGUACAGUAGGAGCUUUUGGCAAUGUUAAUAGUAAUGGCCAUGGCCUCUCUGUGGGUGUUAAUCAUACUCCUAAGUUUAAUAUGACAACUGUGGAAGCUACUGCCAAGGCAAAUCUUUGGACCUCGUCUAAUCAGAAUACAUCUAUUAAUGCUCACGCUACUCAUAGUCAGCAUGUUAGUGGUCCUAUGACUGGUUUUAAAAGUAACAAUUAUGGUUUUGGUAUUAAUCAUAGAUUUUAGAAAAGUAUUUUAAAUUAUCAAUAUUUAUAGUGGUUUAUUAUUUAUUUAUAAUCUUAUUUGCAUUGUUCCUGGA